AUGUCAAAAUAAUACUAUAAUAAUAUGUGGCAAGAGACAAUAAAUGAUAUUCAAGACUUGAUUUAGGUGGAAAACUUCUAAAACGAGCCAGACUUUUUAAAGAAGCCAUCACAGGAUCUUUUUUAGCAUUAUGCCCAAAAUUACAUUCGUUACAUUGGGAUUUAUAAAAAAUUAGAGGAUUGUUAUGAUUAGAUGGUGCAUCCAUAGAAAAAAAUAAAUUUGAAGGAAUUGCUAGAAUUAGCAAUUAUUAGAAUGAUUGAAAAUAAAAAAUUAGUCAUCUAAUAUAAUGUGCACUCAAACAGUUAUCAAUCAGACAUGGUGAAUUUAGAUGAAUUAAUUACUGACUUAAAACUUACUCCAGAUUAUUUGGAAGUGCCUAUUCCAAGAUAUUUUAAAAAGGAAACAGACAAAGAAAGAUUGGAUGAAAGGAACUUCAUUAUUGAUAAAACUUUAUAAGACAUGGAUUUGGGUUAGCCAGAAGAAACAGUUAUAGAAGAAUAAUACUUUUUAGAUACAAAAGAAGAAAAUAUUUUAGAAAUAAUUCAGAGAAAUGAAAGAGGAAGAUAAGGUAUUUAGAGAGGAUUACAAUGCAAAUAAUUGAGGAAAGAGAGAUUAAGAAAAGAGAACAAAACCAAAAGAUUAGCUGAAGGAGAGGAAAUUACUGAUGAAUAGGAAAAUGAGAAAGCAGUUUUGAUUAUCCAAAAGUAUUUCAAAGGAUACAAAGGAAGAGAACAGGUUUAUUUUAUGAGGGAAGAAGAGAUGAAAUUCUUGGGAAUUCAAAGAGAUGCAGAAGAUCCAAAAUAACAAAACUCAUAAUUUAUGAAAGCAUAGGAAUAAAGAUAAAAAAUGACUUUGAUUUAACAAUAACAUAUGAAAGAUUAUGACGCUAAAAAAAUAGAACUCAAAAAGUUGGUUUAGGAAACAGAAGGACCAGAAAUUAAAGAGAAGAAAAUCAAAGAAAGAAUUGAUUGGAUUGAUAUGUAUUUAGAUAAAACAGAAGGAAAAAAACUACCUGCUAAAGCUAUUGAUUAUUAUGAUGAUAAAAAAAGAUACCCUCCAACUUAAGAAGAAUUAGAUGCUUUGAAGGGAGGAAAGAAAGGUGCUAAGAAGGAAAAUAAACCUGAAAAGAAAGGUAAAAAAGGGAAAAAAGACAAGAAGGAAGAAAAGAAAGACACUAUAGAUUUAACUACAGUUAUUAAAAUAAAUGAGAGGGUUGAAGAAUAUUUGACAACUUGGGGAUCAACAGAUGAUUCAACCAAUUUUCAAUAAACAUUUGUAACUGAUGUUGCAAAAGGCCUAGUUAGAUCAUCUGUAGAAACUGAAAUGAAUAGUUUAGUUGAUGAAUUAAUUGAAAUUGAAUUAGACAAUAGACAUUUGUUCUUAUUAAAGAAACCUAGAAAGAGACCACCUAAGCCUAAGGCACCAAAACCUCCUAAACCCAAGAAUUUCAAAGUCCCUGGAGCAGGUGGUGUUAAAGGAAGAGAUGUCUUUGAUUUAUUAAGUGAAUUAUUAGAAUAUGGAAUUGUCAAAAAAUUAAUGCCUGCCAACUUGGCUGAUCUAAAAGGUGGUCAAAAUGUAUUGGGAGCAACCUAAGAAUAAUAGUUUGCAACUACACCUGAUCCUUCUUACCCUUAAUUAAGAUCAGCAUUAGCUGAAUUUGUUGGUAUGUAAUUAGGAUCCCCAAUCUUGAAAGAAAAAUUAGAUAAAAUGUCUUACUUCUUAUUCUUUGGGCCUUCAGGAUCUGGUAAAACUUUAGCAAUUAGAGCUUUGGCAACUGAAUGCAAUGCUAUGUUACUCGAUAUAACACCUAGUUCCCCUGAAGUGUAAUAAAAGUUUUCUGAUAAAUCUUCUAUUGGAAAAACAUUUUAUACUGUAUUUUAUGUAGCUAAGGUUUUACACCCUACGAUUAUCUUUAUGGAUAACAUAGAAUAAGUUUUUGGAUCUGCAAAAAAGAAAAAAGGUGUUCCUGCUGCUCCUUGGGCAAAAUUAAAAAAGCCACUCUAAGAUUUUAAAAAGGCUAAGUUUAUUGAACCAACCACAAGAGUAGUUUUUAUAGGUUCUACUAAUUAACCAGAAUUAAUGAUUAUGAAGGAUACGAAAAACUUCUUUGAAAAAAAGUUCUUUUUCCCAAUGUUAAAUUAUGAUACUAGGUUGACAUUACUAAAGUACUUUAUUGAAGAGAAAGGAGUAAAAUUGGAACCAAAUUUCCCUUUGAGCACUUUGGCUCAUUUGACAGAAGGAUACACAGCAGGAUCUUUCAAAAAUGCUCUUGAUAAAAUAAUAACACCAGAAAGAAUAAAAAAAAUUCCUGAUGAACCAAUCACUAUUGAUGAAUUUGUGGCUAGACUUGCUAGGUAACCAUACGUAAAGUCUUAAGCUGAAUAUGACAAAUUAAGGACCUUCUUUGAUGAGGUUACAGGAACAAAAGACAGAAGAGAGAAAUCUAAGGCUGUCGCUGUAGACCCGAAAAAGGGUGGGAAGAAAAAAUGA